UUCAAUAGCAUGUCUAAAGAAUCUUCGAGUUCUCGAUUAGCACCAAAAACUUCACAACAUGAAUCGAACGAGAAUGAGCUCGGAACUUCGUUGAAUCCGAUUAAUUUUCCGCCUCCGAGAACGCCGUUAAACUCGAUUCCAGAUCCUUCUCAAUACUCAGUUCAAGAGUCAGAACUUAUUAGAAUUGCAACGAAUCGGUCAGCUUCAGAUAAGAGCAAAGUGAUAUUAGAAAGUAAUGCAAGUGUUGGUUUAUCUCAUGCCACGCCUAGGUUCCCGGCUCGCCACCACGGGAGGGCUCAAAUGGAGCCGAGCUCGGUGCAGAGCACGCCUGCGAGGAGUGGCGGCUCGAGAUUUUCGCUUAGUGGAAGAGGAAUCAGCUCUUCUUCUUUUUCUAGGGUUACAAGAGGGAUUUCAGCUAUGAAUAAUGAGUUUUCGGUUGAAGUUCCGCAAUUCGAACUUGUCGAUGAUCCUUUGUUUUGGAACUAUCACAACGUUCAGGUGUUGAUAAGAAUUCGGCCGUUGAGUACAAUAGAGAGGGUUUCACAAGGGUACGCAAGGUGUUUGAGGCAGGAGAGUUCACAAACAUUGGUUUGGCUUGGUCAUCCGGAAACUAGAUUUACCUUUGACGAUGUAGCUUGCGAGACGAUAUCACAGGAAAAGUUGUUUAGGGUAGCUGGACUGCCCAUGGUGGAGAAUUGCUUGUCUGGGUAUAAUAGCUGCAUGUUUGCUUAUGGUCAGACAGGUAGUGGCAAAACAUAUACUAUGAUGGGUGAGAUAAAUGAGGUAGAAGGCAAACUCAGUGAAGACUGUGGCAUAACUCCUCGAAUAUUUGAAUAUUUAUUUUCAAGGAUUAGAACGGAAGAAGAAAACCGGAGGGAUGAGAGGCUGAAGUUCAGUUGCAAAUGUUCAUUUCUAGAGAUAUACAAUGAGCAGAUAACAGACCUGUUGGAGCCUUCAUCAACUAAUCUCCAACUCAGAGAAGACUUGAAGAAAGGUGUAUAUGUGGAAAACCUGACAGAAUAUAAUGUCACAACUGUUAAUGAUGUACUUGAUCUUCUGUUAGAGGGUGCUGCAAACAGAAAAAUGGCAGCUACCAAUAUGAACAGUGAGAGCAGCAGAUCCCACAGUGUUUUCACCUGUAUCAUUGAAAGUCAGUGGGAGAAAGAUUCAAUGACCCACUUCAGAUUUGCAAGGUUAAAUUUAGUUGAUUUAGCUGGUUCUGAAAGGCAAAAGAGCUCUGGAGCAGAAGGAGAUCGUCUGAAAGAAGCGGCAAAUAUAAACAAAUCCUUAUCAACUCUUGGCUUGGUGAUCAUGUCUCUUGUGGAUUUAGCCCAUGGGAAACACAGACAUGUUCCCUACAGAGAUUCAAGGCUCACAUUCCUACUUCAGGAUUCUCUUGGUGGUAACUCAAAAACUACUAUCAUAGCAAAUGUCAGCCCAUCAAAUUGCUCUGCGAAUGAAACACUGAGCACUCUAAAGUUUGCUCAGCGUGCCAAACUUAUCCAGAAUGAUGCUAAAGUCAACGAAAAUGCUUCUGGUGAUGUUACUGCACUGCAGCGGCAGAUUCAGCAAUUGAAGGGCCAGUUGUCAUCUCUAAUGAAGCAUCAUAACCAAUCAAGGUCUCCAUCUUGUGGUGGUUCAAGAUUUGAAGAAUCUAGACUGAGAGAUAAUUUUAUGAAAUAUAGUUUUUCUGAAGAAGAAAAGAUGGGUGAUAAGGUACAAAAUGAGAAGAAUCAGGUGAAAUGCUUGGAAGUUACGUUACUUGGUGCUUUGAGGAGGGAAAAGCUGGCGGAGACUGCAGCUCUGAAAUUAGAGGCUGAAAUUGAGCACACAAAUCGCUUGGCGUGCCAGAGAGAGGAAGAUGCUCAACGCAUUAAAAUGAUGUUAAAAUUUCGUGAGGAGAAAAUAAAACAACUUGAAUCAUUGGUAAAUGGCUCUUUGUCUGCUGAGAAGUAUCUCAUGGAAGAAAUUAAAGCUUUAAAGGAAGAGAUUCAACUGCUUCAAGCAAGGAUUGACAGAAAUCCAGAAUUGACGCGUUUUGCUUUAGAGAAUAUUAGACUUCUGGAACAGCUUCAAUUGUUUCAAAACUUCUAUGAGCUGGGAGAGAGAGAAGCAUUGCUGGCUGAAGUAGCUGAAUUACGUGACCAGAUUCUGGAUAUAACUGAAGGAAAGGGAGAAAUUUCCUCAAGAUACGAGAAAAAGGAUAAUGACACUGUAAAAGAGUUGGAAGAUUGCAGGGAUUUGAACUCCAAACUAAUGAGGGAGGUAGAUGAACUGCAAACAGAACUGAGAAAGCACUUGAACCAUGGACAUGCAACAUCAAGUUCGGUUGCAGAUUCUUUUUCCAGGAAUCAUGAGGACUUCAGACAAACAGAUAGAUAUUCAUUGGUAGAAUCAAUAUCUAUGAGAAGUGACUCUGGAGAUGAGGUUGCAUCCUAUGCCCAGACAGAUGAUGCUACUACACAAAAUAAAUAUGACCAGAAUAUGAUUAGUGCUUCAGUUUUGCAUCCUAGUGACGCUGAAAAAGAGUUAAUGGAAGCUAGAAUGUUGAUUGAAGCACUGGAAAGUGAGCAGGUCGAUCUAUUUAGAGAGCUGCAGCUUGUGCGCGAGCAGAAUCAUAGGUACAUGGAAAUCUUAAGCAACAGAGACAAUGAAGAAAAACAGUCUGUGCUUAAAGUUGGAGGUUACUGUCUUGAAGAUGAUUUAGAGCAACAGAACAAAUUACUGGUAAAGAAGCACAGUGAAGGUAUUGACAAAAUGUCAUUGCAGGCCAAACUGGAUAAACUGACUAAGGACCUUGAGGCAGCCAGAUCCCUCAAUUGCCAAUAUCUAGAGGAUCAGGCUUCACAGUUAUCUCGUCAGCACCAAACUGAUUUAGUUUGUGAACAGGCUGAGUUGGAGACGAGUAGAGCCAUUCUUCAUUUACAGGAAGAUGUUGCGGCCCUUCAGUUAGAACUUGACAAAAGAUUAUGUUGCAUGACUGAAGAAAAUACAAUUCUAAGAAACGCAUUAACAGCUAAAGAGGAGGAAAUAAGGGCACUUUGCACGGAGUGGGAAAAGGCAACCUUGGAGCUGACAAACUUUCUUAUAGAUGGUUCUAGAUCCCUCAAAGAUGCCUCUGGCCAGAUAGAAAGUAUUGUUUGUUCAUUCCCUCAAGUUAACAUUUGGAUUAGUGAAAAAGUUGAGAGUGCUGCCAGAGAAUGCAUAGAGAAGGAAGAAACAAUUCUAUUACUGCAGAAAAGCUUAGAAGAUGCACAGAAGAUGGUAUUGGAUAUGGAGGAAAAGUUAAUUUCUUUGAAGGGAGCAACAAUUGCUUUGAAUGAAUUUCAACAACCAGAUACUGAAAAUAGCAAAGAGGAGGUGGUCCAGUUAAGCUUGCUGCUCAAUGAGAAAAUCAAUAUGGUAGAGGUGCUAGAGAGUAAACUCAAAGCUAAAGAGGAUCAGAGUUUUGAAGCAGAAAAACGAGCAGAAGCUUCUUUACUAGUUGUAAAAUGGCUAUCUGAUUUUAACAAGCUUGAAAAUCAGUGUCACAUUCUACAGCAGAUAAAAGAUGAACUUGCUGAAACAAAUAACCGACUCAAUAUCAUUGAUGAUUUGACUAACAAAAAUUCAAGUGUGCAUGUCAGGCAUACCGAGAAUGAAGAUUUAAUAGAUGUUGAUGGAUGCAGUGCUGAUUGUUCCGCAUCAGACUCAGAUGAUUCAACUGAGAGUGUUGCUUCAGAAAACGAUCUGGACAGAUCCUUGGACUUCUCUAAGUAUAAUCCAACGUCAACUGAAGCGAUGCUGGACCUCAAAUUUCAAGGAGGCUCAGCAUCUAAGUUUGAUCUAAAGGACCCAGAAAAGUUAAAGAAGCUAUUGAAACAGUCAGUUCAUGUUGAAGCAAUGACAUUCCACUUAAGAGAGUUGGAGACGGUGUUUUAUGCUUUCAAUAAACUACAUGUUCGAUUAAGCCUACUUCUCAAUGAGAAUGAUGUCAGAGAUCAUCCUUUAGUUGAAGGGAUGAAACAAGAGGUUCCAUCUUCUGGGUUGACGAUAAAGGUAGACGAAGCAGGCUGUGCUAAUACCUCAGAGGUGGUUGUUAGUGAGAAAACUAAUCAUGGUAGUUGCUUCUUAAAGAAAUUUGAAGAGGCCCGUGAAACCAUGAGAGAAGCUGAUUUAAUGUUAAACGCACUGCUGAAAGCAAAUGAAAAGGGAAAACAAUUGAAUAGGGUGUGGAGGCAAGCUGGUAAGCAAUUGAUGGAAGAGAGAACAAGCUUGACGGGUGAAGUUGAGAAACUCAAGUCUUCAAUACGCUUGAAAGAAGAAGAAAAUGAAAUUUUGAUGCAUCAUAUCCAUCAUAGCAUGUUAGAAAUAGUAAACUCAAUGUCCUCGCUUGAAGGGUAUUUUCAGCAAAUACAAAAACAAGUGGAUUUCAGGUUCAAGGAAUUAUAUUCAGAUGUCUUAUCAAUUUGGAAGGAGAUGUGUCACUUCGUCCGCAAUUCACGAUCAUCACUGGAAGAUAUUUUCUCUGAGAUAAUGGAGAAUGGAUUUGCACUUUAUGUCUUGUACCUGUGCCAUGUAGGAGAAUUGAUGCACAAAACCCCAAACCUCAAAGUGGAAUGUGAUUCUCAGACAUUAAGACAGAAAGAAAGCAGCUCACUUGAAGAUAUUUUGCAACAGAUCUGUGUGAGAGCUCAAGAUGGCAUCUUGCAUACUUAUAAGAAAGAUACAGAUGAAGGGGAUCACAGUGAACUAGUUGAAAAUUUGAAAGAGAGAGAAUUGUGCCCAUCAGAUACUAAUAUAUUAUAUGAGAACUUGUCUCUUAAGAAAGAACUGGAGAGGAAAGAAGUUUUAUUGCAGGGUGUCCUUUUUGAUUUUAGCUUGCUUCAGGAAUCAGCCUCUAGCAAGAAGGACAUAAAAGAUGAAACUGAAAAGUUGUUUUUGGCUUUGAGCCAAGUCCGACAUGAGCUAGAUAUGAAGACAAGUCAACUUGAUGACCUGUUGUUUCAGCAUAGGAAACUUGAAACUAGUCUGAGAGACACUGAAAAUGCUUUGCUCGUAUCGAAUUCCAAUCUUGAGGAGGCUAAAGAAACUGUUGAUACUUUGUCUGAACAAAAUGCUGACUUGAGGAUGCUUCUGAAAGACCUCUAUCUCAAAAAAUCUGAAGCUGAAGAGCAAUUAGAAGAACAGAAAGAAGUAGUCAAAGGGUUGGAGAAAGAAAUUCUUCGUCGUACUUCAGAGGACAAAAAAUUGCUCUCUUCAGUACAAGGCAUUACAGAAGAUCUGAGGGAAGUCACUAGUGAUAGAGACAAACUCCGAGAAGAAAUUGAAAGCAUAGAGGAAGAACUGAGGAGAGUCAAUAGCGAGAGAGAUGAACUACGUGAAGAAGUACGCUCCUUGAAUGAUAAGGCUGAGAUGGCCUAUGCAUUAGCUGAUGAAAAUGAAGCUCUUGCAGUUGAAGCUCGCCAGGAGUCGGAGGCAAGUAAAAUAUACGCUGACCAGAAGGAAGAGGAAGUCAAGAUUCUAGAACACUCUGUUGAGGAGCUAGAGUGUACCAUAAAUGUAUUGGAGAAAAAGGUGGGAGAAAUGGAUGAGGAGGUAGAAAGGCAUCAGUUGAUGAGAGAAUCAUUGCAACUGGAAAUUCAAUCUCUGAGACAGAGAUUGUCUACAGUUGAAAGCUUCCCUGAUAUUUUAGAUUCAGGAAAUACAAAUUCUGAGCAUACUGAAGAUCAAAUGUCUAGACAACUGCAAGACAGGCUACUGCAACUUCACGAGGCACAUCACCAAAUAAGGCUUCUGGAGAGAGAAAGAGAAGAACAGAAUAAAGAGAUCAAACGGUGCAAAGAGUACAUUUCCGAAGUUGUUUUGCAUUCUGAAGCCCAGGCAUCACAAUACCAACAGAAGUACAAAACUCUGGAGGCAAUGAUUCGUGAAAUGAAAACAAAUUUAUCCGAGCCAGCAUCAACAGCACCAGCAGCAGAUAAAACUGAGAGAACAGCAACGAGAACAAGGGGUUCCAGCUCACCAUUCAGAUGCAUUGCGAGCUUGGUUCAGCAGAUGAAUGUGGAGAAGGAUCAAGAGUUGUCAGUGGCCAGGCAUCGAAUAGAAGAGCUGGAGGAAUUGGCAGCUAGUCGGCAUAAGGAGGUUUGUAUGCUGAACACAAGGCUGGCUGCAGCAGAAAGCAUGACACAUGAUGUCAUUCGUGAUUUACUUGGUGUCAAAUUGGAUAUGACUAACUAUGCAAACUUGAUAGACCAGGACAAUGUUCAAAAAUUACUGGUGGCAGCUCAUCAGCAGACUGAAGAGUUGCAUGCAAAGGAGCAAGUAAUUUUCAAUCUAAGGAAACGGAUUGAAGAUCUAAUGGAGGAAAGAGAUAGUUGUACAUCAGAAUUAAAUCAGAAAGAUGCAGAUAUACUGAAGGCCCAGGUGAGUCUAGAGCAACUUCAUGAGCGGGAUCAGUUGCUUUCGACACAGAAUGAAAUAUUGAAGAUGGAUAAGACUAAUUUAUUAAGGAGGAUCACAGAAUUGGAUGACAUUGUGAAAAAACUUCUCGGUGCACAAAUCACCCAAGAACAAGUACAACAAAAGUCCACGAAGAAGGAGAGUGGCGUAUUGAAACUGGGUGACACUGAUUUCAAACAGAGGCUGGCACACUCCGGAAAGCUUCUUUCUCGCGUUAAUGAUGAACUUGCUCAAUAUCGUAGAUUGAGUACCAGCCGUCCUGUAAAUGGCUUUGAAACAAAAUAUAAGUAUGAAAAGUUUGGUUGGCGAUGUUCAACAAGGCCAGUUCUGGUUGAACAAAGAUCAUCACCUUUUUCUGCAGAUGUAUGA